ACUUGAUUGAAAAAUAAUUUUCCUCAGAUAUUUAAGUUGUUCAAAUAAAUUUAUUGUUAUUUAAGCUUUAAAAAUAUGGCAGAACUACUCUUAGAUCCUAAAAUUAGAUUAUGGGUUUUCCUUCCCAUCGUUAUCAUUACUUUUUUGGUUGGCAUUGUGAGGCAUUAUGUUUCCAUCAUUCUAUCCUCUCAGAAGAAAAUUGAGCUUCUCCAGGUCCAGGACAGUCAAGUAAUGAUUCGUGCCCGUUUGUUACGCGAGAAUGGGAAGUAUAUUCCACGGCAGUCGUUUGCGAUGCGCCGACAUUGGUUCAACAAUGAGGAGACUGGAUACUUCAAGGUUCAGAAGAGAGCUGCCGCUUCUCAGAAUCCCAUGACAGACCCUGGCAUGAUGACUGACAUGUUGAAAGGCAAUGUGACCAAUGUGUUGCCUAUGAUUGUCAUUGGAGGCUGGAUCAACUGGAUGUUCAGUGGUUUCCUAACCACAAAGGUGCCUUUCCCUCUGACACUUCGUUUCAAGCCAAUGUUGCAGCGGGGAGUGGAACUGGCUUACUUGGAUGCAUCAUGGGUUUCAUCUGCUUCCUGGUAUUUCCUCAAUGUCUUCGGCUUGCGCACCAUCUAUGCUUUAGUUUUAGGAGAAAAUAAUGCUGCAGACCAGUCGAAAAUAAUGCAAGAACAGAUGUCUGGUGCUGCCAUGGCAAUGCCACAAGACCCAAAAGCUGCUUUUAAAGCUGAAUGGGAAGCACUAGAGAUCACAGAGCACCGUUGGGCAGUUGCUAAUGCAGAGCUAGAUGUACUCAGUAUAUUAGAUGACCAUCAACAUGAACCACAGUAACUUAGUAUAAUUAUUUAUAUAUUAUGAUCAUAAUCAAUAUAGAAUAAUUUAUAGUUAUCUGUAAGAAAAGGUGUGUGCAUAUUUGGUGUUUAAGGAAUAAAUGACUCCUUGUUAUUGACCAAUUUGGUUAUAUUUGUUUAGUUGACUAAGUUCAUCCAGUAACCUUGUUUAACUUAUAUGAAAAUAUUAAUAAACAACAUUGCAUUUAAAAAA